AUGGUUCCGUGGUGUGAGCUGGCCCUUCCCAGCAGAGCGCUUUCCGGCCCUGUCUGGGAUCGUUUAUAUGUGAUCCUUGAGAUCAGCGCCAACGCCCGCAUCCACUCCGUCUUCUCGUGUUCCGCAGCAUUGGUCCCCUUAGGAGCAAUGGAGCCCUCAAACGGCUUUGUGCCGUAUAUGACAGAAACAAAAUCCAGCACGUUUUGUCGGACGCCCACCGUAGCUGCUCCUUUCAGCGCACCAAGUGGCACAUUGGCCCCAGGCCUGCCGCUUGUGGUGCCCUCCUAUGUGCCAGCCAACGGCAAAAUGUCUGUUCUCCACGUCACGGUGGUCCUUCUGUUGCCGGUGCCCUUGGGGCUCGUUCUGCCUCGGUGCACCGCCUUUGUUUCCAAUCCCCGCUUCCACACCGAUUUUGGCUCCUGGUCGAACGCAAUGGACGCCAAACCGCCUCAGUUCAUCUCUUCUACAAACACGCACGGGGUUCAAAUAACAACGAAUAAAAAAAAUGUGAAGUCAGCCGGAAAAAAAAAGCACGCCACCGUUCCGCAAUGUACGCUCCUUCUUCACACACACACACACUUCCAGCGGGCACGCCCACGUGCAAUGCCAGUGUGGCAAAGAGAACAAGAAAGACGCCGAAGAGAUAAAUAG